UCAUCCCAGGCAAUGACUUCGGCUUGCCGUUCCGAACAGGAGUCCUGGGCUUGAUGCCGGUGCAGUGACCAGUGAGUGAGAACCAUGCCGAAUGUCAGCGUGAAGAGAGACCUUCUGUACCAGGCCCUGGGUAGAACAUACACUGAUGAAGAAUUUGAUGAGCUAUGCUUUGAGUUUGGCCUGGAGUUGGAUGAGAUUACCACAGAGAAAGAAAUUAUAAGCAAGGAAAAAGGUGAUGGAAAGGCGGAUGGUGCAUCAGAUGUUGUUCUUUUUAAGAUAGAUGUGCCUGCUAAUCGCUAUGACCUCCUCUGUCUGGAGGGACUGGUGCGUGGCCUGCAGGUCUUUAAAGAAAGGAUAGAUGCACCUAGAUACAAGUGUAUUGUACCUGCUAAUGGAGAGCUACAGCGACUACUCAUCACAGAAGAGACUGCAGCAGUGCGCCCUCAUGCAGUGGCUGCUGUUCUCCGGAACAUAACAUUCACACCAGAAAGUUAUGAGAGCUUCAUUGAAUUGCAAGAGAAACUUCAUCAGAACAUCUGCAGAAAAAGGGCACUUGUGGCCAUCGGUACUCAUGACCUGGAUACCAUCUCUGGGCCCUUUACUUACACAGCCAAGCCACCUUCAGAAAUUAAAUUUAAGCCCUUAAACCAAAGCAAGGAGUACACUGCCCCAGAGCUCAUGGAGCUGUACAGGGGGGACAGUCAUCUCAAACACUUCCUACACAUUAUUGAGGAUAAACCGGUGUAUCCUAUCAUCUACGACAGUAAUGGUGUAGUGUUGUCUAUGCCACCAAUUAUCAAUGGCGAUCAUACAAAAAUCACUUUGAAUACUCAUAAUGUAUUCAUAGAAUGCACUGCAACUGAUCUGACAAAGGCUAAAAUUGUCCUGGAUAUUAUUGUCACAAUGUUCAGUGAAUAUUGUGAGGAACCUUUCACUGUUGAGGCUGCUGAGGUCAUUUACCCUGAUGGAAAGUGCUAUACUUACCCGGAACUGGCAUACAGAAAAGAGACGCUACUUGCUGAAAAAAUGAACAGCAAAAUUGGUAUCAGUGAGACACCAUCUAGCCUGGCCAAGUUGCUCACACGGAUGUGCCUGAAGUCUUGUGUGUUGGAAGAUGGAAAUAUAAUUGAAAUUGAGAUACCCCCGACACGAGCAGAUAUUAUUCACGCCUGUGACAUUGUGGAGGAUGCUGCAGUUGCUUUUGGCUUUAAUAACAUUAAAAUGACCAUUCCUAAGACAUACACCAUAGCAAACCAGUUGCCGCUGAAUAAGCUCACUGAAUUGCUUCGUCAGGACCUGGCUGCAGCUGGAUUCACAGAAGCCCUAACAUUUGCACUGUGUUCUGUGGAGGAUAUAGCGGAAAAACUUGGUGUGCCAGUUUCAUCCACAAAUGCCGUGCACAUUGCGAAUCCCAAAACUGCAGAAUUCCAGGUGGCUCGGACAACUUUACUGCCUGGUCUGCUGAAAACUAUUGCUGCUAACCGCAAAAUGCCUCUUCCACUGAAACUGUUUGAAAUCUCAGAUGUGGUAGUAAAAGAUGCCUCCACAGAUGUGGGAGCAAGAAAUCAUCGUCACCUCUGUGCCGUUUAUUACAACAAGAACCCUGGCUUUGAAGUUAUCCACGGCCUUUUGGACAGGAUCAUGCAGCUCCUAGCAGUGAGUCCUAGUGGCUAUCAGAUCAAAGCAGCACAUGAUCCUGCUUUCUUUCCUGGCCGCUGUGCUGAGAUCUUGGCAAAUGGGUGCACAAUUGGGAAACUCGGUGUCCUUCAUCCUGAUGUUAUUACAAAGUUUGACCUUACCCUGCCCUGCUCCGCACUAGAAAUCAAUGUGGAAACGUUUUUGUGAGAAUACCUGCAGCUCAAGACAUCAGAAUCUGUUUCCUACACAGCUACAUUUAUUUAAAAUAAUGUUACUGAUCUUUGUAUCAUUGUAAAGUUCAUUUAGGUCAACAUGAGCUGGAUGUGCAUUGCUAACUCUUUAAAUAUCUGAUUAAAGGGACAUUAAAGUCAUUUUUAUAUAUAUGCAUAGUAUAUAUCUGCAAUGAUGUAGUGUAUUGCAAAAGGUCUGCAUACAAAAUGAGUUUAUACACAUUUAAACUGUUAUGUAGUUAAUGAAAUUCACUUUUUGUUCUUUUAAAGGGACAGUAAACACUUUGAGAUUUUAAUAUAAAAUGUUUGUCUAGUGAAAUAGAUUUGCAGUAUAUUUGUAAUAUUUAUUUUUCCGCCUUUUCCUGUAAUUUAAGUCCAAAUAUGAGUUUUCUAAUUCUGACAACUGGAAAGGCACAUGGCAGACUGCAAAAGCCUUACUCUGCAAUAAAUCUGUUCCUAAUUAGAUUAUCAGAAAAGAAACUGUAGAACAAUGGCUUUUUUGUUACCAUAGUGACCAUGGCUAGCCUUGUCUGCUCUGCUAACAAGUCCGUAUUGGCUCCUUCACAUAGGGCAAGAGUUGGAUGGGGGUUUACUAUUAAAACACAUUUCAACCAAACAAGGUCUUAAUGCAAACAUUUUCAUACCCACCCUCUGUUAAUUUAUUGAAAUACUGCAGUAAAACAACGUAAAAUUACUAAGUGUUUAUUGUCCUUUUUAAAGGGACAUGAAACCCAAAAAUGUACAAAGCAUAGAAUGUUACACGACUUUCCAAUUUACUUCCAUUAUCUAAUUUGCUUUCUUUUGGUAUCCUUUGUUGUAAAGCAUACCCAAGUAGGCUCAUGAGCUAGGAGGCUAGCUGCUGAUUGGUGGCUGCAUGCAUAUGUCUCAUCAUUGGCUUACUGAUGUGUUCAGCUAGAUCAUAGAAGUGCAAGAAGCAGAAUUGAUAGUAGAAGUAAAUUCCGAUUAUCCUAAUAUUUUGAAGGUAUAAUCUAGAUUUUAUUAAAGACACAGAGACGAGUAUUUUUGCAUUCUCUUUCUUUACUACUCAAUGCAGCUUUUAAAAGUAACAGAAUGACAUAAACAAACAUAUUAAAACAGCAUAGAAAACAGAUAACCACAAUAAGUAGCUAGAGAUAGAGCUAACUUAUAACUCCAAGAAAAAAGUGACCAAUCAGAGAAGGAAUAGUGACCAUAAACUGUCCAAUAAGCAGCCAGACUUCCUCUUUCUUGACUGAUGCUCACCAAUGGAAAAAAUUUUAGAACUAGCAACAGUCCAAAAAGUCCCAAACAGAACAAAACAUAUGCAUAACAGUUGAAAGUUUGAUUGAAGAGAAACUUGUGAGAUAAGAACUUGAUUGCAGAAGAUGACUUGGAUCUAAGGGUACUUGCAAGGUGAAAAUCCUCUUGAACAGAAGGUACAAAUCCCGAUUUAAGGAAAGGAUUUCCUUCAGAUGGAAACUGUCGAAAUAAGAAAAAAUAAGUAAUAAUAACAAUAUAAAAAUUCUUAAAGGGAGGGUAUCAAACAUAAUUGAGGUGGGAAAAUACUCGUCUCUGUGUCUUUAAUAAAAUCUAGAUUAUACCUUCAAAAUAUUAGGAUAAUCGGAAUUUUAUUACAAGACCAGAGACUCCUAUUUUUGCAAGUUUAAAGCACAUUAAUCAUAGCAUAAACCAUUUAAGAAAAUAAGUUAAGUGAGGCAUGUUGAAUGGGUCUGAAAUAAAAUUGUUUAAAAGUAGAGUCUGAAGACCAAUCUGCCGCAUCCAAAAUCCGCUGAAGCUGAGCAGACUUCAAAAAGGCUUUAGAAGCAGCAGAACCUCUAACUGAAUGGGCUGAGAAAGAAAUAUCGAUCCCAGCUUCUUUCAUGACCCAUUUAACCCAUCUCGCUAUGGAAGUAGAGGAUACGGCAGCAUGAGGGGGAAUAAAGGAAAUUAAAAGUUGGUUAUUAUAAGGUUUUCUAAAAGGUAAAGUUCUGGAUUCAUAAGAUUUCAAACAUUCAACCACACAAAGGGAAGGUUCAGAAGGAAGGUAAGGGUAAAAGAUAGAUGUGGAAAGGGUUUUAGUUCUUCGUGAAAUGAAAAAGGUAACACCCUCCGGAGAGAAGCGUUUAGAAUUCCAAUCUAGGGCUUUAACGUCAGAAACUCUUCUGAAAGAAAUUAGGCAAAGAAGAGUGGCGAGUUUAGCUGUGAGUUGUUUAAAAGAUAAUGAGGCAUUAUGUGGCCAAGACUUAAAAAGGGAAAAAAUUAAAUCCACAUCCCAGAAAAAUUCAUGUUUAGGAACUGGAGGUCGUUUUAGUCUCAUGGCUUUGAGGAUCCUACAAACUAAAGGAUGUUUACCUACAGAAACAUUAUUAAUCAAAUUAUGUCUAGCAGAAAUAGCUGAGCGAUGGACAUUGAUAGUUCUAUAUGCUAAACCUAAAUCAAAAAGGUGUGAUAAAUAAUUAAUAAUGUCAGAUAAAUCUGAAGAAAUGGGAUCCAGAUUCCUUUGCAAGCACCAGCUAGACCAUUUAGACCAAGCGGUAGAGUAGCAUCUACGAGUGCCCGGGGCCCAAGAUUCCUGAAAGAGGGAUCUUGCUCCAGCCGAAAGGCCUCGGAGAGCCCAGGGUCCCCUGAGAUCGUCCAUGCUACCAGGAGAAGAGAACCUUGAAGGACUAGAUCGUGAUAAUUGCCCUCUGGAUCCGUAAGAAGAUGGGGAAGACAAGGAAGAAGAAUCGGGAGAUCGAUGGACAUUUCCAGAAGGGAUGGAUACCAUGACUGUGUCGGCCAAAGGGGGGUCACAAUCAUUAGACGAAGGAGAUCCCUGCGGACAAUUGAAAUUGUCCUCGGGAUCAUCGAGAAUGGAGGAAACGCGUAGACCCAUAGACGCGGGCCAUGGAUGGAGAAAAGCAUCUAUGGCAGCUGCUUCCGGGUCUGGGCGCCAGCUGAAAUAAGGAAGAAUCUGAAAAUUGGUCCUGGAUGCAAAAAGAUCCAAACAAAAGGGACCCCUGAGAGAUUGGAGAGAGAGAAAAAGACUCCUGUCCAAUUUCCAAUUGCUGAAAUCCGUCAAAUGACGAGAUCCCCAGUCCGCCAUUGAAUUCGCUUGUCCUGGAAUAUAUUCUGCUCUGACUGAAAUGUUCCCUGGACUUGGUGCCUCCCAAACGAUUGAGAUACUGCACCGCAGAUAUAUUGUCCAUGCGCAGUAAAAUAGAAACUGGAGAAGAAAACUUUGCAAAACUCUUGACUGCAAACGAGCCAGCCAAUAAUUCUAAACAAUUUAUGUGAAAGCGUUUUUCUUCCAGAGUCCAUUUGCCACCUGUGAUGGAAGGACCGCAACGAGCUCCCCAGCCUGAAAGGCUGGCAUCGGAUUCGAUGAUGAAAUCCGGAGUUUUGCCAAAAAUGGCUCUUCCGUUCCAGGCCUCUAAAUGCAAAAGCCACCAAGAAAGUUCUUCUUUCGCUUCUGGAGAUAUGGGAAUCAAAUGAGAGUAGGAAAAACCUUUUCUCAAAUGAAGGAUUUUCAAUCUUUGAAGUUCGCGAUAAUGAAGAGGGGCAGGAAAAAUAGCCUGAAUAGAGGAUGAAAGUAACCCUACUAUCCUGGCUAUAGUUCUGAUGGGGACUGAGUCUUUGGAUAAAGUUUUGGAAAUCUCUUUCUUUAUAUUCUUCACUUUGUCUAAUGGGAGACUCAAAGUGGAAAGGAUUGUAUCUAUCUUGAAACCUAAAAAGAUUAAAGAUUUGGUAGGAACCAGAACUGAUUUUUGUUUGUUUACUAUGAAACCUAGAGAUUCCAAAAGGGAGAUUGUUGAAAGCAGAUGAUUUUGGAGUGAGAGAAAAUUCUGGUCCAUAAUAAGAAUGUCGUCCAAAUAAAUAAUUAGACGGACACCUCGAAGUCUCAACCAAGCUAUUACAGGUUUGAGUAAUUUUGUGAAAAUCCAAGGAGCAGAGGAUAGGCCGAAAGGAAGACAGGUGAAAUUCCAAAACUGAUCUUCCCAACGGAAGGUUAAAAAUUUCCAGUGCUCUUGAGCGAUUGGUACGGUUAAAUAGGCGUCUGUGAGAUCUAAACGAACUAGCCAAUCGUUUUCCCUUAGACAUUCUCUUAAUAAAUGAAUGCCUUCCAUCUUGAAAUGAUGGUAAACAACGUAAGCAUUUAAAGAUUUUAGAUUUAUAACAGGUCUGAAUUGGUUGUUUUUCUUUUUGACAAGAAAAAGAUUGCUUAAAUAACAAUUUUGAGGAUGAUGGACCGGAAGAAUAGCUUUUUUGGAAAAAAGGGAAAAAAUUUCUUUUUGAACCAGAAUUUUGUCUUUUUGGGAAAAAUGAAUUGGUUGUGGAAAAUUUAUUUGAAUGGGAAGGGAAAUAAAUUCUAUGAAAAUUCCUGACACCGCUUGAAGAACCCAAGGGUCGGAAGUGAUUGAAGCCCAGUUUUGGGCAAACAAAGCAAUUCUGCCACCAAUUCUGUUUCGGGAAGAAGGAAUCUGAGAGGGAACCAAUAAUCUUACCUGGAGCUUGUCUUGAUCUUGAUCUACCCCUGAAGCCUCUUUGGUUCCAAGGGCGGCUCCUUGCUGGGAAGAAAGUUGUUGAGGUUGAAGGCUCUUGGAAACUUCUGUUGAAUUGAUACUGAUGUUGGGUAGAAUAAUAGGGUUGAUGGGACUGGUUAUAAUGAGACCUGGAUAGGAAUGGUUGACGGCCGGGAAAGCGGCCUCUGCCUCUCCCGGCCCUGUCAGAGAAACUCUAAUUAGGGUAAAAAAUCUUUUUAACAGAAGUUUUAACCUUAUUGAGAUUUGAAAAGGUGUUCACAUAUUGAUUGAGCUCUUUCAAAUAAGAGUCACCAAAUAACAACCCAUUGUCGUCCGGGGAUAUUUCAUUGGAAGCUAAAUCCGAUAUUUUUGGAUCGAUUUUUCGCAAUAUAUUUCGUCGUCUCUCUAGGGUCAUGGCAGCAUUUGUAUUACCUAUAAAACAUAGGAGCCGUUGGACCCAUUCUCUGACAACAUAUGGGUCCAGUGGGGCAUCUUCUGCAACACCCUGUUCUGAUAAUUCGAAUAACUUGGUCAGGGGACCUAUGGAGUCUAACAAUUUGUCCUGACAAAUCAUCCAGGAUCUAUCAAUUCCUUUUUUAACCUUGUAACCUGGGGCACCAAUGAACUUAAGGAUUUUAGGGUCAACCUCAGGGGUAAUUGAUGCAUUUUUAGGGAGUAAGGGGCGAGGGCAUUCCGCCCUCAUCUUAUUGCGAGUCUGCUUCUUUAAAGGUUUCCUGAGCUGGAAAUCGAUAAAUUUUGCCACCUCUAUAUUGGGGCACCAUUCCGCAGAGCGGGGAUGGUGAAGUUCAUCAGGAUUAAAUCUUGGUAUACCCAGACAAUCAGUGAAUUCUGUCUCCUCCUCAAUAUAUUCUUUUAAUUUUUUAUGCAUUUUCUUAUGCCUUUUAAUAGCAGGGGUAUAAUCUGAAUUUUCAGAUUCCACAUCUAUAGAAUCUGAGUUUAAAUCUGUAUAACUACCAUCCUCAGAGUUGUUAUCAUCAGAGGAUGAUUUUUCAACAUUAUUUACAUUUUCUUUAAAUAUUGUACUUGUGUUAGUAUCUCCCAUUUGGACACCCUUGGGAUUCAGGGUUCUUUUAGCAGCAGUUUUUGUUCCCGUGCUGCGAGGAAUUGCGGUGUCAGACAAAAGCUGACGAGAUUUUGUUAUAAGCUUUUUGCUGGCAAUUACAGAAAUUGAGGGAUUUUUUUCUCUUUAAAGAUUUUUUAGUUUCUUUAAUGCCCAUUAAUGAAGACAUUUUAUUGAAAAGAUUGUUCAUUGAAGAAUCAAUCAUAAUUUGAACAGUCUGUGCUGUUAAAGGAGGAGAACUUUCUGGGUUUUCAGACAUUUUUAUAAACUAAAAUUUUUUUAUUUAUAAUUUAAAUAAAACUUUUAUAAAGUUCCUUAAUAAAUUAAAAACACAAAAUUUUAAUAUAUUAGGUAAUACUUUGAACAAUAUAUGAAAAUACCAUUAAUUUAUAUGUUAAUAAUACUUAGAGUGUUUUAACAUAUAAUAAAACCGCUUAACAAUUAAAUAAAUAGCUUGUUAAUAAAAGUAUUACCACAAGAUGGCAAUGCAAGCAAAGAAAUGGUUUGCAAAAUAACUUGCUUUAGUCUGUGAGGGAAAAUGGCAACAAAUGUUGCCGGUCGUGAGGUGAGACUAACUCAGACUGACUGGGAAGGCAAAACACGUCAGACUGAGGGGGCGGGAAGGGAAAGUCCGGCCCACAAAAUGGCGACCGGAACAUUUAGUGACAGUGGGAAGAUGGAGGAGAGUGACUGACUGAAAAACACUUCAGCUAGAAAACGGAAAAACCGGAGGUAAUGGGGAGUUAUAUUAGCGAAAAGACAAAACCGGAGGGGAUGUGGGACGAAGUCAAACAGAUAAAAAUAGCAAAAGCCGAAAAACGGAGGCAAUUUUAAAACAUUUAAAACAUUUCCUAAAUACAGCAUAAACCAAACAGUGAAUUGGGGCAAACUUAUACAAACUAUGAGUGUUAGGAUUAAAUAAAUAAACGAAAAAAAUAUAAAAUAUAUUGAAAAGAAAUAAGAAACUGAAUAAAACUUUAAACUUUAUUAGAGAUAAAAUUUAUAAUACUUAUCUUGACUGAGCAGCAAAAAGAAAGAGGAAGUCUGGCUGCUUAUUGGACAGUUUAUGGUCACUAUUCCUUCUCUGAUUGGUCACUUUUUUCUUGGAGUUAUAAGUUAGCUCUAUCUAUAGCUACUUAUUGUGGUUAUCUGUUUAUGCUGUUUUAAUAUGUUUGUUUAUGUCAUUCUGUUACUUUUAAAAGCUGCAUUGAGUAGUAAAGAAAGAGAAUGCAAAAAUAGGAGUCUCUGGUCUUGUAAUAAAAUUGGUAAGUUGUUUAAAAUAAAAUGUUUUAUCUGAAUCUCAAAAGAAACUAUUUGGGUUUAAUUUCCCUUUAAGUAUGUUUAUCUUAUCAACUCUUCUGGGGAUGCAAACAGGGACAUAUAUGAAAGAACUCCUGCAUUGACCAACAAUCACACUUGCACAGCUAAAUUACAUGAAAAGCAGGCAAAAACUAAAAUGUCUCUCUAAAACAAAAUACUUUCCAUCUGGUUGUUAAAUAUACCUGCUAGAGAACAUUUUGAAGGUUAACCUACUUUUGAAACUGUAGUGUCCAAAAAAGGCUGUGCAGUUGUUACAUUAUUUAGCUUCACCUUGUUUAUUGCAACAUGCCAGGUCAGUGACAGUAGCAGGGUGUGCUAAUCAGCAGAUUGUGUUACUGCGCUGCCUCUUAUUAUUGUGUGCAGGGUAAAUGCAUUCAAUUUCUAUAUAGUAUGCACUUUUCAUGCCAAAUCCUGAUUUGUCUUGUAUCCUUUGAGAACUGACAUCAUUCUUGAAUAUCUUAGCAGAGGGGAUCUGCAAUGUUAAUAUUCUCUAAUAUGGGAAGAGGCUGUCUUUGAUAGCAGAUAGGAUACAGUUUUAAAUGGUGUUCUUUCUGCAAAAGGGUUAUUUCAGAAUGGCAUCCAUCAUGUGACAGGGGUUAAUACUUAUUCAUGCUGUACAAGUGAGUGCACAAAGGCCCAUUGAUUGGGACAAGUGUCUGUCAGGAUACUGUUUACGUUAUGUGACUGCCUCCUUUCUAACAUAUAAAUAUGCUUCCAUUUUCUCAUUUGUACACUCUGCAUCUUAUCCUCAGUCUUCUGGACAGCCAAGCAGAUCAGGAUUUGUGGCUUCCACUCAAUCACUGACAGAAGCAGAAAAAAAAAUGUCCUUCAGUAAAAAGAAAGGGCAAGGAUAUAAAUGUUAGUGUAAUCAUAAAAUAUAAUGUCAUGCAUGUAUUUAUUUCUGGUAAACAUUUGACAAAUGAUAAUGUGUGCUGCAUAAAACUACAAAGAGGUGCUACUGUUAAAGGAUUGCAUGUUGCCUAGAAAUAAGCAGAAAUCCCAAUAUAAUAUAGCUAGAUCAGUCCAGUGGAUUUGUGUGAACAUUUAACUAUAUUCAGUGCAAUGAUUAGUAUAAAGUGAAACAUGAAAGUUGUUUUCCCAACUUGAUAACAAGAUUGAAUUUGCAUGAAAGCACAAAAAGAAAAUGAUCCAAUGUGUUGUAUGCAAGCAAUAGUGCAAUAAUUAAAUGGUCUGUGUUUUCGUGUGUAAAGCCAUACAGAGGUGUCCACAUGUAUUGGUACACUUGCAUUCUGCUCAAAUAAUGAAAAGUGUUUAAAUUAAAAUAUCUUUUAACAUUUUUACAUUGUGCAAUUGUCCACAAUGUAUGGAGCAAAUGCUUGCUUAUUCUAUAUAGACAUUUUGUAAUUACCAGGACAAGACUAUUGAUACCCGUAAGCAGUUACAAUAAAGAAUUAUAGUGAUACUUCUAGCAGACUAUUCUCUUUAUUAGUAAUCGCAAGGUGCAACAGUUUAAAGUUGCACCAUCUGUCGCUGUAUGAAUGAAAGUGGGUUCCAUGGUAGAAGACCUAGGAAGACCCCACUUCUUAAAGAAACACAAAAAAGUCAAAAUGCAUGUGGACAAGCCGCAGUCCUAGGAGAAUGUCCUUUGGACAGACAAUACAAAGUAGAGCUUUUUGGCAAAUCACAACUUCAUGUUUCCAGAAGGAAAAAAGCUUUCAAAGAAAAGACCCCCCCCCCCCCCCCCACCUUGAAGGCUCACUGAUGGUUUGGGUUGCCCUGCUGCAUUUGGCACUGGGUGCCUAGAAUCUGUGGAGGGCAUGUUGAAAUCAGAAGAUUAUCAAGGCAUUCUGGAGUGAAACAUACUGCCCAGCUGUGUCUCAGUUGCAGGUCACGGGUCCUCCAGCAGGAUGACGACCCUGAACAUUCCUCAAAAAGCACCCAAGAAUUGAUAAGAAGAAAACACUGGACCGUUUCAAAGUUGCCUUCUUUGAGUCUAGAUCUGAAUCCCAUUGAGCAUCUGUGGAAGGAGCUGAAACUCUCAGUUGGGAAAAGGCACCUAUCAAACCUAAGAGAACUGGAGCAGUUUCCUCAAGAAGAGGGGCCAACAUCCCAGUCAAAAAGUGUAGAAUUCUUAUUCAGAUCUACAGAAAGUGCUCGAUUGUAGUUAUCUCCAAAGGCUGUGCUACAAAAUAUUAGGUUAAAAGUACCAAUAUUUUGUCCCUGCCAUUCUCAUUUGUUUUAGUGUUUAAAGUUAUAAAUCAAAAGUGGUUUCUAUGCUAUUACGUUUGAAAUAAAGAUUUGUGAAUACCAAA